AUGGAGCUCGCAUCAGGCAGGGACUGCCCUGCAGCAACGGGUGCAUCCGUGGCCGUGGUGCUGGCCUCCGUAGCCACCCUGGAGGACUUACCUGCAGAGCAGAAAUUCUUCCAGAAUAACAGAUUAUACUUUGAAGACAGAAAGGAGCCCAUUCUACCAAAUCAAGAACAUACAUAUACAUGGAAUAUCACAGAAGAAAUGGGACCAUCAACAUCUGAUCCUCAAUGCCUUACCUACAUCUAUUCUUCUGAUAUUGAUGUAAUAAAAGAUUUCCACACUGGAUUGAUUGGAGCUCUACUAAUCUGUAAACCUGGUAGUUUGAGAAAGAAUGGAAAGCAAAUUGAUUUUAAAGAAGAAUUUGUUUUAUUAUUUUCAAUAUUUGAUGAAAGUAAGAGCUGGUAUGCGAACACAGAAAAGGCUCCAAUCAAAAUGUACUCCAUCAAUGGAUUUAUAAAUGGCACCUUACCAGAACUUAGUGUAUGUACUCAUGAUGCCAUUACAUGGCAUUUAAUUGGAAUGAGCUUGGAUCCUGAAAUCUUCUCUAUUCAUUUCAAUGGUCAAGUCCUAUUGCAGAAUAAUCACAGAGUGUCAUCUAUUGGCCUGACACCAGGCUCAUCUGUCACAGCUCAGAUGUCUCCUACUCAAGUUGGAAAAUGGCUACUCUCUUCUCAAGUGCAACAUCAUCGCCAGGCUGGACUGUAUGGAUACCUCAACAUAGAAGAAUGCAAGUCUGAGAAGUUGCCGGAAAAAUACAAGCCAAGUAUUCUGCGAACAAACUAUCGCAAGUAUUAUAUUGCAGCUGAAGAAGUUUUGUGGGAUUAUGCUCCUAAGAUUCAAACCUACAUGGACAGUGAUUUUAAAGCCAAAUAUUUGGAUUCGGGACCAAACCGUAUUGGCAAAAUAUAUAAAAAGGCAAUUUACGUAGAAUACACAGAUAAAACUUUCACUGAACGUAAAGAACCAAAAGAAGAACCAAUUUCUAUUUUACAAAAUGGAAUCGGCUCUCCUGUUAUAAGAACUCAAGUUGGUGAUAAAAUUCAGGUUUAUUUUAAGAAUAUGGCUAGUCGUCCCUACAGUAUCUACCCUCAGGGUAUAACAGUCGAUAAGGAGAAUGAAGGUGCUGACUACCCUGGGGAUUCCACAAAUUCCACAAAACAGGUUGAUCCUGGUCAAGUCCACAUUUACACUUGGAAGAUUUCUGAAGAUAUUGGACCAACAACCUCAGAUCCCAGAUGCCUAACAAGACUGUAUCAUAGUGCUGUGGAUGUCACACGGGACAUUGCUUCAGGACUUUUUGGACCACUUUUAAUCUGCAAGUACCUGUCCCUGGAUGCCAGAAAUUUGCAGAUAAGAUUAGAUGAAGAACAACACGUCAUAUUUGUAGCGUUUGAUGAGAACCAAAGCUGGUAUAUUGAUGAGAACAUUCAGUUAUUCUUGGAUCCUUCCAACUUUGAUUCCACUGACCCUGGAUUUUAUGAAUCAAACAUCAUGUACACAAUAAAAGGUUUUGUGUAUGAAAGCGAAGAAUCAAUCCCAUUCUGUAAGGGAGCUGUUACAUACUGGCAUGUUUCAAGCAUUGGUGCCCAAGAUCACAUUCAAGCAGUUUACUUCCACGGGCAUACCUUCAAGCACAGAAAAACAAAUGAAGACGUCAUACAUCUCUUUCCUCUAAUGGGUGAAACUGUAAUUAUGCAGAUGGACAAUUUGGGUGAAUGGCUCCUUGAAACUUUAAGUUCACGACAAGUGACCUAUGGUAUGAGGAUAAGAUUUAAAGUUUAUCGGUGUGAGGAUGAAGGCAUUGAAUACCCUUUAGUUUUCUUUAGGAUUCAAUCUGUAUCAGAUGAAGUGCUUGUAGAGGUCAGUGAGGAAGCCAGUAGAGAAGAACUUGAUGAAGAGGAACGUAAAAUUCUGGAAGAACUUGGAUUCCUAUCAUCUCUUGCACCACAGGAAACAGAAGAGGAAGAAGAUAUUUUACAGUUUAUUGAAGAUGAAAGUGAUAAUUCAAGAGAACUCAACACUAAAACACCUGACGGGCAAGGUAGUCAAUUCCAUUCAAAGGCGAGUAGAAGUCAGAAUAAACCAUACAAUGAUGCAAACAAAAAUGAAACUGAUAUCUUGGAGUAUGAUAUGGCUGAAGAUGAGCUUGAGCAGCCUAAGGAAUUAGAUAAAAGUACAUCUGAAGUGCCAUUAAACAAAAGAAACAAUGGGAUGGCACAAAUAUCUGAAACAGAAUCUGUUCAUUUAAAACAAAAUACAGCAGUUACGAUGGAGGGAGAUAUUAACAUGGAAAGUUUUAGAGAAGACUUUGAAGAAAAGAGUAAGAAUAGUGAACUUCAAGAAUUUUCACGAAGCUCUGCUGCCAAAAAUAAUAACUUGCUAAUUAGCACAAGUAACCCACAUACUGUGGUUAAUCCUGUGAAGAAUAAGAGGAGUUUAGCUGAGACUCCCAUAAUACUAAAGCAAAACAAUUUGCAAAUAACCGCAAAGAACAUCAGCUCCGUCAAUAUUACUGAUGGUGAAAGAGAAGAGGAGUCUGAUCAAGUCUCACAAGAAUAUAACGCAGAACAAAAUAGUCAAAAUGAGAAAAAUGAAACUCUAUAUGAAAUGGAGAACACCGACAUUUUUAAUGAAACAGCCACAGCAUCAAAUAAUACAGGCAGAAAAGCAACGCUUUCACCUCCUUCAUUAAAUCAGAAUGCGACAGGUUCACAAGCAACUGACUUUACAUCUGAUUAUGAACAAAAUCAAAUUAACUUCAAUGCAAAUAAUCACAGCAAAAGUACAGUGACAACUGGCAGAGAACAGGGUAAUUUAUUCAAUCAGUUGUCCCAUGAGGUUGUUGAACACUUCACCAAUACUUCAGAACAACCAGAAAAGGAGAGCAGUGAAAUUUCUGAAAAAGUAUUUAUUUACUUAAAGAAGCAUUCAACAGGCAAUCACAGAGUUCGAUUUCAGGGAACACCUCUGAAACCCAAAAGUUCUUUUUUGACAUACCAAGUGGAAAAAAAGGGCAUUAGUGUUACAAACCUAAAGCAUUUGAAAAAAUAUGUAAAGCUGGCAAUGAAUGACAAUUCUACAAAAGAAUUCAGAACCGAAGAAAAUGUUAGAAGGCAGGCUGCACUUGAAAGAAUGCUGAAGCGCAGGAAGUUGCUGAAGGAUCAAAUGUCUCCAAGAGGGUUCAAACCUGGUAUUAAACGAAGAAUUCAUAUUCCUUUAGGCAAAACACGUAUGUCACCAAGAGGAUUUCACCUUAAACCUAAUUCAGUAAUUUAUCAAGAUGACAACUCAAAUAGUAUUAUAAUAGGAAUUCCAAAGCGUAAAAAUGGAGAUACUCUUGAUUAUGAUGAAUAUAUUGCAAACGUGGAUGCAGACCAACUUGGAACUGUUAGAAAAAAUGAUGAGCCUGAUUUAGAUUCUAUGAACCCUUACACUAAUGACAGACGAACUCAUUCAGACAUGUCCCGAGAUCCAGAAAUGAUAGUUGAACAUUAUUUACGGAGCAGUCGAGGAAAUGUGAGGCAUUACUUUAUUGCAGCAGAAGAAAUUUUUUGGGAUUAUACUGGGAAUACCAUGCGGGAAUUGAACCCAGAGCAAUCAAACACUGUGUAUAAAAAAGUCAUUUUCCGGAGAUACACAGAUGCAUUAUUUAGGGAACGCUAUAAUCAUGGAGAAAGAUAUGAACACCUGGGAAUUCUUGGACCUGUCAUCAGAGCAGAAGUUAAUGAUGUCAUCAAGGUUCUCUUUAAAAACUUUGCUUCAAGACCAUACUCCAUUCAUGCCCAUGGAGUAUCAUAUGAAAAGUCAUCUGAAGGAAUGAGCUAUAAAGAUUAUUCCACUGACUGGUUUAAGUUUGAUGAUGCUGUUGCUCCAAACAACACAUACACGUAUGUGUGGAAUGUGCCACCUCGGUCAGCACCAACUUCUACCGAUUCAGUCUGCAAGGCUUGGGUCUAUUAUUCCAGCGUGGACUAUGUGAAGGAUAUUAACUCUGGGUUGAUCGGGCCUCUGUUGAUCUGUAAGAAUGGAACACUGAGCACCUUUAAUGAAAUUCCCGAUGAUGCUCGCGAGUUUGUUUUGCUCUUCAACACUUUUGAUGAAACCAAAAGUUGGUACCUGAACGACAACAAGCACCAACUUUGUAAAGAAUCCUCUAUCAAUGGAUUUGUCAAUGCCUCUUUAAGGGGUCUAGUGAUAUAUGAAAAAGAGCUGGUGCGAUGGUAUUUGAUUAAUGUGGGAGGCUCAGAUGACAUGCAUGCUAUACGUUUCCAUAGCCAGACAUUUAUUGAAAGGAGGGGUGGUGAAUAUCGUCUGGGCAUUUACAACUUGUAUCCAGGUGCCUUUAGAGCCAUUGAAAUGUAUUCAUCAAAGCCUGGCACAUGGCUUUUAGACUGUGAGAAUGGAGAGCAUUACAAAGGAGGGAUGCAGGCAUAUUUGCUUGUUCUAUCUAAAGGGAUGAAAGAAAUGGCUAAUGAACUUGCUUCUGUCUUCACAAAGGUUGACAUGAAUAAAGUACCAGGAAUGAUGGGGAACACAGGAUUCAGUGAUAGGAAGGAACUGAAGCAAAUCUGUGAUAGUGGAGAACUGGUGUUGGAGAAAUUGAUGGGAUUGAAACCUAACAAAUCCCCAGGGCCUGGUUGUGAUUAUCCCUUGGGUAUGGCAUCUGGAAGUAUAACUGAUCCACAGAUCACUGCAUCAGACUAUGCGGAUAACUGGAUGCCACAUCUAGCACGAUUACAUAACAGCGACAUAGUCAAUGCCUGGAGUGCUCAUAUGCACACCCACAAGAAGCUUUGGAUUCAAGUUGAUCUGGAAAGGCCAAUGGUGAUCACUGAGAUUGCCACCCAAGGAGCCAGUGCAAUGUUUGUGCAAAAUUACAUUAAAGCAUUUUUCAUUGAAUACAGUGCGGAUGGGAAAAAUUGGAAGUAUUACAAUGGAAAAAGCAGAAGCUACAAACAAGUGUUUAAAGGAAACUCUGAUGCUGCAGAAGUAAAGUUUAACAGGUUCAACCCUCCUAUUAUUGCAAGGUAUUUAAAAUUAAAUCCGGUAUCCUUCCAAGUCAGACCUACUCUUCGCAUGGAAUUAUAUGGCUGUGAAAUAGACUUUUGUUCACAACCUCUGGGAAUGAAGAAUGGAAAUAUUGAAGACUACCAGAUAACUGCUUCAUCCCAUCUGAGUUCAUGGUGGGGUUCUUGGAAACCAUCACUUGCACGUCUGGAUUUGGAAGGCAGAAUUAAUGCAUGGAGGUCUUAUGAACAAAAUGCAGACCAAUGGCUUCAGGUUAACUUCCUGAAGAAAAAGAAGAUAAGUGGUAUCAUUACACAAGGAGCCAAAUCCUUCACCACCACAAUGUUUGUGCAGUCCUAUAGUGUGCAUUUUAGCAAUGAUGGAAAAACAUGGCUACCAUAUACAGAUCAGUUGGAUGCGAGUGAGAAGAUUUUCGCAGCAAAUACAGAAAAUUAUCUGCACAAAAGAAGCUACAUUAAUCCAGCUAUUUUUGCCAAAUAUAUCCGAAUUAUUCCAAAAGCUUGGUACAAUAGCAUUGCACUUCGAGUAGAAUUCUUCGGAUGUGAUUUGGAGUGAAGAUUUCUUCAGGGCAUUCACAGGAGAAAGAAGAACCUUUUGUAAAAAGACUUUUUGUACUCAA